AUGUCUGCUCUGAUCUCGAUUACCACUCAAAUAAGUUCAUUGCAAACUACGAAUGUCAACUGCUCAAAAGAGCAUGUUCAAGACUUUUCUUUUCCUACGUUAACAACAACCUCAAGGCAACAUACAUAUUUCUUCGUGAUUCUGACAGAGUUAAAGCCUUCGGUGAGUAUUUCGGCAGUGUCUUUUCCAAUGCGAAAGUUGGAAUGGGACGACAUGGGAGUGAAGGUUGAUGGUCGGCAGCUACACCAUUUGCGCUUUGCUGAUGACAUCGUACUGGUAACACCUAGCAUCAGCCAAGCGGAACGAAUGCUGACCGAAUUCGACGAAACAUGUGGAUGUAUCGGUCUUCAGCUGAAUCUACAAAGGCGAUGUUCAUGCGGAACGGAUAGUGUUCGGCUUUGA